CGCUCCAGAGGUGCCUGUUCCGUAGGUUCGUUCCCUCGCGCACAUCGUCGCGCAUUAGCGGCAGCUCAGUCCGAUAUCGACGUCCGAACGAGGCGCAUAUCCAUCAAGUCACAGGUUGCGGCUUUUGGCCGUUUCGCGCUUUUCGCAUUUCUGCUGAUAGAACAUAGAACAACGAAGCACGUGGAGGCAACUUUGGCGCAGUAAUAGUGCAAGGAGGUGAUAUACAUGGGUACCAAAUGCCCUGGAAGUUUUGCCCUUCAACAUACAGACACGCGCGUCCACUGCGACGUCAAUCCGACUCGUCCGAAGACUAACCAGUUUAAAUAAUAAUUCUCACAGAGUGAGUUUUUUUUUCGAUCAAGAGUACUCGUAUUAAAUCUAAAACCAACCACGACGACGAGCGCAAUAGUGUCAACGACAACGUCUUCCUCGCAUGCGAAGUCAGGCCGAGGGAGACAAAUUAUGAUGCUGAACUUGUGACUUCCACCUAUACCAAACGGCAGCGACUUAAAGGAAUCCGACCCACGAAAUAUACGAAGACUGCUAACUGAUUUUGGCUGAAGCUAAAGAGGCACUGAUUUAACGACUGACGAGAAAAUCUUCGUGAAUCAAGCUAUUUUAGAUUUCGAACAUCCGGCAACUACUGAGGAGCCAGAAAUUCCUAAUCUCUCCUCACGUCUCUCUUUCUCUCGUCCAUCUCUCUCUCUUUCUAUACUUUCCUCUAACUCUUUCCCUUAUUUAGAUAUCUAGCUUCCGCGCGGAGGAUCGAUCGAUAUUUCGUCCUGACUGGUGGCUAUUAACGACACGCGUACUUUUCAUUCGCCCCCUCCUACUCCAUUUUUCACGCUACGAUUGCUUCCAAACGUAACGUAAGGUGCAACCCCCUUCAAGUCCUCUACCCCCGUCGUCGAUUCUUCCAUCAAUGUCAGGUAGCGCGUGCUAAUUCCGCGUAUCCUGCAUCAUCGGUGGUCGAUACCCUUCGACAGCUCCGACUAUAACACGCGACUCAAUCUAAUCGGAAGUCGCGGAUUUCUUUCGUAACAUCGCAUCAGCCGGUGUUCGAUCUUUAUCGGGCCACCUACGUGAGCCACCCACUCUGUUUCCACCAGUUCCUAGCCCACCCUAUGACGUAUCCUUUCUCAUACUUCGCAGUCUUUCCAUCCUGUCGCAGUUUACUUCUACAUGGUCGCGUAUAUGCGUCCGCAAACAGUCAAUAAGAAGUAUCAUCGAGGCACACAAGUACCAAAGAGAGACGAGCACAGAUAUAGAGAACAUUUCGUUUUUUCGCCGACAAUUGUACAUACAAUAUUAAAAAAGAGAGUCUAGUCGGUUAUUCCUUGAGGGAAGAACCGAUCUCAGUAUUUUUACGGAUACAGCAGCGCAAGCACUGUUGACACUAUUACAAUUGCAUAACAAGAAGAAGAUAACUACUGUUGUACUACCACUGUUACUGUUAUCGUUGUUAACAUUAUUGUUAUUGUUGUUAUAUGUCCGCUAUCCUGUCACCUCAUCAAUCCCAAUCGCUGCGAAAUCACGGCGGUAAUAGUGACAGUGACAACGAUCGCCGAAAAACUCGUGAGACACGUGUUUCUGCCAAAUCGUGUCGUUAAUUAAAGGUUAUUGACGGAGGAGAAGCAGGAAGAAGAGCUGUACACGAGAAAGGAAAUAAACAGGCAGCAGGAAGUGGAGGAGAAGUGGGGUCUCGCAACGUAUCUCUACGAGAUCAAACAAACAAGGAGUGUGCUGAGGAUCCCAAUUAAGUAAUAUUAUCCACGAGAAGGGUGAUCGAUUCUUUGUCUAUCUAUCGAGAUUUAUGAAAAAAUGGUAGUCGAGACCGCGACGAGAAAUGGGCACGAGCUGGCACCUUUAAAUGACCAUCGUCAACCCGCCCAUACAGUGACAAUUGUGGCGACCGGAAGUCAAAAUGCCACCGGCCAAGAGAUAAAGGAGGAGAAUAGGGCGGCAUGGAGUGGGAAAAUGCAAUUCUUUCUCAGUAUUAUCGGGUACAGCGUGGGCCUUGGCAAUAUCUGGAGGUUUCCUUAUCUGUGCCAACAGAAUGGAGGUGGUGCCUUCCUCAUUCCUUUUUUCGUGAUGCUCAUCUUAGAGGGCGUACCCCUCUUUCUGAUCGAGCUGGGUCUCGGACAACGUAUGCGACAGGGUGCCCUGGGAGUUUGGAACAAUAUACAUCCUUGGUUAGGAGGUAUAGGAAUCGCGUCGUGCAUAGUUACGUUUUUCGUUGCGCUUUACUACAACGUAAUUAUUACUUGGUGCUUCUACUACCUCUUCAAUUCGCUCGAGGCUGUCACGAUCAAAUUCGGUGAAUCACUGCCGUGGGCGAAAUGCCCGGAAUUGAACGGGAAACCGGUCGAGGAAUGUGCCAGGAGUUCGGAAACCGCAUAUUUUUGGUACAGGACUACCUUAGACGCGGCACCGUCGAUCGAGGACGGUCAAGGUCUCAAAUGGUGGAUUGUGCUUUGCCUCUUGCUCAGCUGGGUCAUCGUGUUCUUCAUCGUCAUGAAGGGCAUACAAUCGUCCGGCAAAGUAGUAUACUUUACGUCCAUGUUCCCGUAUCUCGUACUGACCAUCUUUUUCAUCCGCGGGAUUACAUUAAAUGGUGCAGGCGCCGGACUGGCGCACAUGUACACACCAAAGGUUGAGAAAUUGUUGGAGCCCCCGGUCUGGCUUGACGCGGCGACCCAGGUCUUCUAUAGCUUCGGACUGGCGUUUGGUUCUCUGAUCGCGUUCGGCAGCUACAACACCCCUAACAACAACUGCGUGAGGGACGUGAUCCUGGUGAGCGUGUGCAACGCGUUUACUGCCAUUUACGCGAGCGUUGUCAUUUUCGCCAUUUUGGGGUUCAAGGCAAUGUCAAACGUGGAGAAGUGCGUCGUCAGCGCGAAGGACACCCUGGUGGCUAAUGGGCUGUUGAAUCCUUCAACUACAUUCAACCUGGAGGACUACGAAGACUUUAUGAAAACCUUCAAUUCUUCGGAAAUAAACGACACGAUAAAACCAUGCAGUCUCAGCAAUGAGUUAGACAACGCUGCCGAGGGUACUGGAUUAGCUUUCAUCGUGUUUACACAAGCGAUCGUGGAAUUACCGGGUGCGCCAUUUUGGUCCUGUAUUUUCUUCCUAAUGCUUUUGGCUCUCGGUCUGGGCUCACAAAUUGGAAUACUCGAAGGCAUGCUUUGCGUCAUUUUCGACAUAGAUCUCUUCAAAAGAAUAAAGAAGCAAUAUAUGACGGGAGUUGUCUGUGUCAUUUGCUUUUUCGUGGGGCUCAUUUUCUGCACCGGUGCUGGGGAGUAUUGGCUGAAAAUGUUUGACAGCUUCGCUGGUACCAUCGGUCUCGUUAUGGUCGCCUUGAUGGAAAUGCUCUCCGUAGUCUUCGUAUACGGUCACGAAAAAUUCACGAAGGACAUCGAGGAGAUGACAGGAUACAGACCGGGACCUUAUUGGCAAAUCACGUGGCGAUUUCUCGCUCCCAUAAUAAUGGUUUGCAUUCUCGUAUCAAGCAUCGUCUCGAUGUUCAUCAAAAAACCGACAUACUCGGCAUGGAAUGCGACAUUGGGCGUGACAGAACCAACGAGUUAUCCUAGUUGGGUUCUGGCCAUCGCAGCCGCCAUAAUUUUCGCGGGUAUCGCGCCGAUUCCGAUCGUUUUCCUCUUACGACGAUUCCAGUGCGUGAAACUCGACGUGGAUAUCCAUCAAGGCAGUAUUCGUCGUAUCGACACCACCGUUUCCACCAAGGAAAUGAUGGGCGACGUUGACCUUGAUGAAUAUCACGACCGAUUGGAGGACUUCCCGGAAGAGGACGAGGACAUUAAUAGCGAUGACGAUAUAAACACUGCACCGACCAUGAGCAAACUCGCCAAAAAGGCAAUGCAGGGUAGGGCUUUUAAAAUGGAAGUAAUGAACUUUUAAGAGCGCAUAAUAUCGGCGUGACUCGUUUGUUUGUGAGCUAUGCGGGCUAAAAAUAUCGGCAAUGAUUAUACACAUAUAUAAAGACUAACUAUGAUUUAUGUCCAAUUAAUAGUCAAAGUGUUUGCGAGAUAAGCUCGUUCACUUAAGAUAUUAUCAUAGAAAACAGUAGGCAUAUAGAUAUUUACGAUAAUUAAUUUAUAAAGACUUGCGGGAAAUUACAUUUUAAUAGAGACUAAAUUGUGUGCGUAAAAAGCGGGAGCAACAAUUUUCGACACAAAAUUAAAUUUUUUACUUUAAAUCUUUAACUUUGAAAUUAAAAGUCUUUUCAUACGUUUGGUCUUUAUAUAUACUACAGUCAUUGGUGCGUCUUUAAAAAAUGAGAAUAUAUAUUGAGCAAACAAACAACGAACGAACGUACAGCGCGAACGCUCAAACUUACUUGAAACUUCCUUUGAUGUACCACGAUAAUGAGCAAAUUGGAUCGGAUGUAAGUAAAACACUAACGAAGUAUUGCACCUGCGUCCGAUCAUGAUUUGUAUGUACACAUCUGGUAAAAAUUUAUAACGAAAAUUCGCAUUCGUCGUUCGUUUGCUCGAAAAGUAGGGUGUGUCGAUCCCGAUCUUUUCGUAUAUAUACGUAAACUUUAGGUAGAGAUAUAGGGUGAAUCCGCAACAAAGCUCAAUCUAAUCGGAUCGAAGCCGUCACUAGGAGCAAUAUGUAAUACAAAAUAAAUUUUAGAGAGGUGUAACGCGAGAGCGACCAAUUGUGCGCUGUGACGGAUUAGCGUAUCGAACUUUACCGUCGUUUACACGCGCUUCCGGGUAAAAUCGCGAUUCACCAGACGGAAUGCGAUAGAUGUAUAGCGAGCGAGAAAUAGCGACGAGAGACUAGAACGUUCUGGCUUUUUAGUAUCGCGUGAUGCGAAGACGAUCUGACGCGGGGUCGUUGAAUUCGUCCGAGUCAAUUCAAUUUUUUAAUUGAACACGGCGCGAUUCUUUUCUUUUUUCUUUUUAUUAUUAGAACGGUAGUUUGAUCUUUCCAAUGGGAGAAACGUCGGAAAGACUAGACAAUAAAAUUGAACGUAAUCGAGUUGUUAGCCAAAUGUAGACCGUUUGUUUACUGCUCUCUACAGAAUCCCGAAUGAAAUGCUUUUCGCUCCUCCGAGGUUCUACCUUUCGCGUAUCAUUACAUCCGGAUAUGAUCGACCUUGUCUUCAAAAAAAUGUUUCAAAAGAAAUAUGUCUCGAAUCCUAAACGGAUCCAGAGCUAUUCCUUUUAUUAUUUUAUUACUUAAGUAUUUUUAAAAUUAGUAAAGCACUUUUGAGAUUAAAGCAAUUUUUUACCGAAAAAAGAAGAAAUUAAUCAAAGAGAUUAAAUCGUAUGUUGAUUAUAUUGAAAAAAAAUAAUAUAAGUUUAUACUAUGUCUUAGAACUUUCGAAAACGUAUAAUAUAUAUACAUAUGUUUUUUGUCUAAUUUUAAAAAGUUAAUUAAUUUAAUAUUAUAUAAAGAGAUUAAAAGAGUAUUUUCGAAACACGAUGGAAUUACGGUCGAUCAGAUUUGCAUUAUUCAAUCUCGUUCAGCAAACAAUUUAUGUAUUACAAAUAUUAUAUAAACGAAUCACGUCAAGUACGGGUUGAUAAUACUUUUAAUUAGUAGUUAGAUUUAUAAUCCGCGAGAAAGUAUUAUAUUAUAAUUAAUCCAAACAGGCUUUAAAGUUAGCUUAAACGUUAUCUUUAAAUUUCAUUCAUCAGCUAUGACGGAGUAUCACAUUAAGUUAAUAAUUAAAAAGCCUUCAUAUUUA